UAUGAACAUGAAAUUUAAUCUCAGUCUAAGCUCUUGUUAUUUCGUGAUAGAGACUAAAUUGCUAUAUGAUUAACUUUAAAUGUAAUUAAAAUAUUCAUUAUUUGCAACUCUGAAAGAUUAGAGUAAAAUAUUCUUAUAACGACAAUAACAAGAAUCACAUACCUAAACAGUAUGAGUCGAAAAAAGAAAACUAAAUGAUUAAGAUGUUCAUUAGCUGCAGACAAAAGUGAAGGUAAAAAGUCUUUGUGUUUGUUAUGUUAGCUGUAAGCACAGCUAAGGCUCAUCCUGAGUUUUUAGCAUUUUUAAUCCGAAACAAAUAAUUCUAGGAGUAGAUUGAUCUCUUUGUAGAUUGUAUAAGUAUGCAUAUGAAUAAAAAUGUUCAUAUUUUGAGUCAUUACUGUAGAUUCGCCAACCGUGUGUGCGUGUGCAUGUGCGCGUGCGUGCGUGCGUGCGUGCGUGUGUGCGUGUGUGCGCGUGUGUGUGCGUGUGUGUGUGUGUGUGUCCGUCCGUCCACAGUGGCCGACAGCAGCAGUAACUGGGCGGUGUGUGGGAAGAGUUCGGGGAUGGUGUCGAUGCCCAUGGCGGCCGACGCCACCCACAAGGUGCAGAUAGAGGUGAUGCCUCUGUUCGCGGGACACCUGCCCUUCCCCAAGAUCAAAGUGCUGAAGUACCUGCCUCACACCGCAGCGCUGGCCAUUCAACCAGACCCCGACAGCUGCGUGGAGAACGACAGCCUGUCCCUGCUGGACAAGGUGCUGGACGACCAGGGUGACACGGCGAGCAUCCGCAGCCGGGGCAGCGUGCACUCUGUGGGCAGCGGCGACCAGCAGCAGCAGCAGAGGGGCGUGGCCAUGCCGCGCCUGGAGCCCUUCACCGCCGGGCAGGUGUUCAACCAAAGCCACACGCAGCAGGUCCUGGUGCUGCCCGCCACCGACGACCACAUCAUGGAGGUCAACGCCACAUGACCCCGGUGGCGAGACAGCCCUCCCCCUUCUCAUAGAACCGAACCCAGGCCCCAGGUGGACUCUGCUGAGCUUUUGCUCCGGGGAAGAUCAGGUCCACGAGUCCAUGCCGAAGACUGCCGCAGGUCGCCGGCAUGGACUCCUCGCCCCCCUAAGCAUGAAACGUUCACAUCACUGGAGACUUACGGACUGGACACAGUGAAGAGCCAAUGACAUCUGCUGGUAACAUUUAAAUAAAGAUUUUUUCUUUGCCAUAAUUUGUACAUAGCUCAUUGGAUAUAU